ACAAUUCUCGUAACAUGGAGGCAUAUCUUAUCUUCUGAAAUAAUACAUAAAUGAUUUUAUGCAUCGAUAAAUAACUUUCUAAAUGGUAGCCCACUGGUCAAGAAAUGAGAGUAAAUUUUAUUUUUUGGAAAAAGUGCUGAUGAUCUAAGUUUAACAGAAAAUUUACAACGUUCCUUCCCAAUGUGCUUGCUCUAUUUAAAAAAAAAAAAAAAAAAAAAAAAAAGACACACCCCUAAUAGCUUAAGGAGGUCAGGUCUCUAAAACACGAGUUCCCUAAAACCAGUUUAUCUACUGUUCAGUCAGUUGUUUACCAAAACAAGGAAAUCAAAGAUAACAUUAUUUUAAAAAGGUAAGUAGAUAUAUUUCCAGAUAAUGGCACAAAUGAAAAGAGGGCACAAAAAAGGUGUAUAGUUUAAUCCAAUUAGUAAAACUAUUUGUUACACCAUGUACAACUUUAUAGGAAAGUCUGGACUAUUUUUUCAAAGAGCCACUCAAACCUACUGUUUCAAGGUAAGAUUUUCGUAAACUUUUCCUUGGCAAUCUUGACAAAGCAUCACUGCACAUCUUCAACAGUAGUAAGUUUGUUUUUAGAGCCGGAAAAGUAGGUAACAAUAUCCUUACAAAGUUUUACAUGAAUUAUCAGAAUUCUUACUCUCAGGCCUUUCCCGUCCCUUUCGUACUGAGUGCCUUCAACGAAAAUUACGGAUCCAGUUCUCAAGACCCCCAUCCGAAUCACACCACCACCACGUGACUGGGUUUACAGUUUUUGUUGAGUAGGCUUAUUCCCUUGUUUAAUACGAUUACAGUGUACUAUACUCCUACACUAAAUAAAAAACAUGCCUAGCUACCAAAAGAAAAUAAGCCAUAACCGUAUUUUUAAGUAUUUUACUUCAAUAGCCUUAACGCCAAGAAAAAAAAUCUACAUAAAAUACAACACUUGGAGAUUUAAUAUCGAAAGGAACUCAAUCCAAUACACACACAUCUGCCAUCACUGGGUUGUUUUAACUGUUUCCCAAAAGUAAAACUUAAAAACAAAUUCUAACACAUAUACUCCAAACUACACAAAAUGAUUGCUACAUCACCCACCCCUCCCCCAAAGUUCAAAAAGUAACAAUCAUAGUUUACUGGGCCCAGAAGGCCUACUUGAAACAAGCCCAUUUCACAUUCCUAUUUGAUAAAUCACCCCCGAAGUCCUUAUAAACGUUUAAACGUGGAAAAAAGAAUAAAAAAAAAAAAACCCUUGGAAAAUGAGUACGUACUCUUUUCGAAGUUCCAAAUCUGGAAUAUAAGGGCCGGCUAAGCGUCCUUUAUUCCUCCCCGGAGACUUUCCGUUUAUCUAGCUGCCCUAGAGACCAAAGAGCUAGGGAGAGUACGCCCCUUCCCCCUCCCGCCAGCAGCCAAGCCUGGCUUAAAACCCUUCGCCACCGGGCGGCGGAAUUACACAGGAGGCAGGCGGCCUCCUUUGUCCUGGAUUUGGGAGUUGAGCACCUUCGUCGCCAUUGGCUUUCCUCCCCCAGCUCCAGCCUCUCUCAUCUUGGGAAUCUGCGUCAGAAGUCACUCGCAGUCCCGUCAGCCCAGAAGACGUAAAGCAAUUUUGAGAGCUGUACCAGCAAUUUUGAGAGCUUGCAAAAACAGCUUGCAAGGACAAUGAAGCUUCCGAUUUUCAUAGCAGAUGCAUUCACAGCAAGAGCAUUUCGUGGGAAUCCUGCUGCUGUGUGCCUCCUAGAAAAUGAAUUGGAUGAAGACAUGCAUCAGAAAAUUGCAAGGGAAAUGAACCUCUCUGAAACUGCUUUUAUCCGAAAACUGCACCCGACAGACAACUUUACACAAAGUUCUUGCUUUGGACUAAGGUGGUUUACACCAGCGAGUGAGGUCCCACUCUGUGGCCACGCCACCCUGGCUUCUGCAGCUGUGCUGUUUUACAAAAUAAAAAAUAUGAAUAGCACGCUCUCAUUUGUCACUCUGAGUGGGGAACUAAAGGCCAGACAAGCAGAGGAUGGCAUCAUUCUGGACUUGCCUCUUUAUCCAGCCCACCCCCAGAACUUCCAUGAAGUAGAGGAUUUGAUAAAGACUGCCAUAGGCAACACACUGGUCCAGGACGUCUGUUAUUCUCCAGAUACCCGAAAGCUUCUCGUCCGCCUAAGUGACACUUACAACAGGUCAUUUCUGGAGAACCUGAAAGUGAACACAGAAAAUCUGACGCAAGUUGAAAACACAGGGAAGGUGAAAGGACUUAUUCUUACCCUCAAAGGAGAGCCUGGUGGGCAGACCCAAGCAUUUGACUUUUACUCCAGAUAUUUUGCACCGUGGGUUGGUGUGGCUGAAGACCCAGUGACAGGGUCUGCGCACGCUGUUCUCAGCAGCUACUGGUCGCAGCAGCUGGGGAAGAAAGAAAUGCAUGCAUUUCAGUGUUCCCGCCGAGGUGGAGAGCUGGGGAUUUCACUUCGUCCAGAUGGAAGGGUUGACAUUAGAGGAGGUGCAGCUGUUGUUUUAGAGGGCACACUGACAGCCUAGAGGUGGUUGUGCUAUGAUGCCGCGGUCUCUAACCACCAAGUAUUUUCUGCAUAAAAAGAAAUGUAAGGGACUGCCUUUAGCAAAUGCGCAUCGUUGCCCACUUAAUCCUCAUGUUAAAAAUUUUAAAAUGGGCUGGGCACAGUGGCUCACACCUGUAAUCCUAGCAUUUUGGGCGGCUGAGGUGGGCGGAUCACCUGAGGUCAGGGGUUCUGUACCAGCCUGGCCAACAUGGCAAAAACUCAUCUCUACUAAAAAUACAAAAAUUAGUUGGGCAUGGUGGUACAUUGCCUGUAAUCCCAGCUACUUGGGAGGCUGAGGCAGGAGAAUUGCUUGAACCCAAGAGGCAGAGGUUGCAGUGAGCUGAGAUCGCGACACUGCACUCCAGCCUGGGUGACAGAGUGAGACUCCGUCCCCACCCCCCAAAAAUUGAAAAAUGAAGACAUUUUAAUGGAGAUUUAAUAAUGCUUCCAGACUAAUGAACUAAUGGAGUUUUGGCUCCACUUAUGAGUGUAUUUGAAAAGUAAGUAACCAGUUACAAAGAAUAAUGCUACUUCAUUUCAUUAUGACUACCCGUCAGAGAAAGAGGAAUACAUUUCUGAGGAGUGAAACUAAACCAUUUGAACUUAAAUGAGUACCUGAUUUUGCAGCCAUUAAAAUGAGUCAAUAACUAUGUGGGAAUAUAGAAAAAUAUUUUAUAACGCUAAGAAAAAAGAGGACAAUAGGCCAUAAAAUGUUAGCAAUGUUAUGCUAUGUCUAUAUAGACAAGCAUGGGCCAUGAAAGAUAGCAAAGGGGAAACAGUUCAUGUGUGGGAGACGAUUAGAAGUCAUUUGAAUGUAUCUAAGAAGUGAUUUCCUUUAUUGUUUCGCUCAUGUACAAAGACUAAAAAUCAGGACAAAUCCAGAAAAUUAAAAAAAUAUGUAUUAGGCUGCUUCCUGUUAUAGUGAAAUUAAACACUAAAAGUAAUGUGAUCUCAGCUGGGCAUGGUGGCUCAUGCCUGUAAUCCCAGUGCUUUGGCAGGUUGAGUCCUGGUCAACACAGUGAGACCCUGUCUCUAUUAAAGAAAAGUAAUGUAAUCUCAAUCUUUUUCUUGAUAUAUGGCUUGACAGUGAUCAUGUAAGAGGAAUUCUUCUCUUACUUUAAUAAAAUGGGUUUUAACAUAACUUUAAAUUCAGUUAAAUCUACAAUAUUGAAUACCGGUAGUCGACUUUGGGAUGGGGACUUUUUCAAGUCUUUAUGAGUGUUUGCUUAAGGUGAUCGCAUUGAUAGUAGUUCUCAGCCAUCUCAAAAACUGCAAGCUAAUCAGUUAGACAUUCUUUAGUGACCUUAAUAUUUUCACUUUAAUUGCUACUGUGUUUUCUGUUUUUACUGAUCUUUGCUAAUUUUAUUAUAGCAGUAAUCUUGUGUUUCUCAUGAUUUGCAAUAAAGUCAAUAAUUCACCAGC